AUGGGGUUCAUAGGUUGGCCAUUAGGUCUCUUAUUAUCAGCCAUUUCUAGUAUCUUUGGGAUUACGGGAAAGCUACUGCUUAAAUUGGCACAUAAUGAACGAGACAAAGAAGAAAAAAUAGCAGCAGCAGCAGUAGCAGAGAGAGAAGAACCAGUCGUCUUUACUGUCAAGACCACUCGAGGCUGCACGUAUUUCUAUUGUGGUCUCUUUUCAAUGCUCGUUGUGAACCCAUCUCUUGGAGCUUUAGCCUAUUGUUUUGCAACACAAUCACUCUUGGCUCCUAUGGCAGGUCUUACGAUUGGGUGGAAUACGCUCUUUGGUCCCAUGUUGCUACCCCAUGAACGUCUUACAACUAAUGAUUUUGUCGGAGCUGUGCUGAUUUUUACGGGCUGCGUGCUUGUUGGUGUCUCGGGUACACAUAAAAGUCCACCACUGCCGGUGGAAGUACUAAGAGCACAAUUUCAGUCCUUGUCGUUCAUUGUAUAUUGUGUUGGACUAUUGGUGUUGUUGAGUUUCUUGAUCCAUCAUGCAAAACAUGCUCUACACUUUACAACAACGAGUCGUCGAGCUGGUGUCAAGAGUUCGCCUGUUUCGAGUCCUGAUGAACUUCCCAUGAUCUCGCGUGUAUCAUUGAGUAUCUUUGCAGGAGUCAUGAGUGGACAACUUUUCUUCCUUGCUGCAGUCAUGAGGAUUGCUCAUGAUAAUGGAGCAAGUCACAUUUGGUCGUAUUCAUUGACCUAUAUCUGCAUCGUCGGAGCGGUCAGUACCGCUUUGUUUGGCUUGUAUCUUUUGAAUGAGGCACUUGCAGUUGAAGACGCGGUCGUGGUCAUUUACCUCUACGAAGCGAGUUAUAUAAUGGCCGGUGCGAUCUCAGGGCUUUGUCUCUUCCGGGACAUGGCACAUCUACCGACUUGGCAUUAUGUGCUGUAUUCGUUGAGUCUCGUGUUGAUCCUGUUGGGAAUCUACACGGUCGCCAAACGUUCAUUGCCAAAGGUACCACAAGACGAGGAGUAUUUGUUGUUGCCGCUGUUGGCUCCUCUUUCCGCAGAAGACGCGUCCGUCGAAGGGAUAUUUCAACAGGCUUCGUACUACGCUCGUCGCGCGUCGUAUUCAGGACCGGCGAUGCUGUAUGCAAAAAUCCAAAGCAACUACGACGAUUCAGAAACACCAGAACGUCGCAAGUCGAUGCCGAUCAAGUAA